AUGUCGUUGAUAAAUAAUAAUGUGAAUGAUGAUACGAUGAAACAACAUGAAUAUCAACAGCAAAGUGUACUGACUAUGCAAAAAUCUGUUACGAUAACAGUGACGCCACAACGCAGUAAUUCUCUUGACUAUUUAAAUUUUGAAGAAAAACGACAACUUAUAGCCUCAUCUCUGUCAUUGAGUGACAUUCUUCAGGUUGGUCCAGCUGUUGCACAAGCUGCAAAAGAAGCAAGUACUGUAAUAGUUAAAAAGCAUAAUGGCACAACCACAUUACGGACAACUAGUUUAAAUACAGGCACGAGAACCCCACCGUUAGAGCGGAAAAGCAAAUUUAGUGCUCUGGGGAGACUUUUCAAGCCAUGGAAAUGGAGGAGAAAAAAGAAAAGUGAAAAAUUUGAGCAGGCAUCAAAAUCCCUCGAACGUAAAAUCUCUGUACGUGCCAAUCGUGAAGAAUUAAUUGAAAGAGGUAUAUUACUGCCCGAAAGCACAUUAUCUACGAUUCCGGAGCCAGAUGAUCAAAUAACAAGUCCAGCAAAUUCUGCCGUCCUAAUAAAUUCCCCAACCAGUAUGAUAUCCAAUACUUCAUCAUCAAUCAGUGCUGUGCCUUCAUCUCAAUCGGCGCACAAUUUAAUAUCACCGAUGAAUGUUAGCAAUAACAAUCAGAACAAUGUUACAAGUGGUCCACUGAUAAACAAUCUAAAUGGAAGUCUUAUCGUAUCACAUUCUCAAUCAGCACAUCAAAUUGGUCAUGCUACAUUACAACAAACUCCGCAUACACCGCUAGCUGCACAUCAUCAAGCCCUCCAACAACAGUUGCAAAAGCAUUUUGCACAUAACAAUAUGGGUACGUUACAGGAUAUGAUAGUUGAUAAAUUUCAUAUUAGCGAACCGCGAAAAGAAAAGACUGACAGUAGUAAUGGCAACAACAAUAAUGCUCUAUCGCCACAAGAACAGCAAGCUAACAUGCAUAUGAUGAUGAUGUCAUCUGGUAACAUGGAUAUUCAAGGAGGUCCAAUGUUAAAACUAGAACGCCCAAAUUCGCUUGGACCAAAAAUAACGAAACGCAUUAACUUUUAUCAUGGUGAUAAUUAUCAAGAUAAUCAAAAGAGAACACCUGAUAGUCCCUUGCAAGCAAACAACAGUAUAAUUAGCAAUAAUAAUAAUCAAAUGAAUCAGCAAUUCAAUCUUAACUCGGGAUAUAUGGGCAAUAGUGUAAUACAGGGCAAUGCUUCAAACGUUGAUAGCUAUGAAUUACCGGAACCGCCAAUCCCAGUUAGUGAAAUUGGCCCUAUCCCUCCACCGCCAAUGUUCUCCACACCUAGCCCGACAUUAAUUGCUGGGCGACCGCAUGGUCCUGCUGUAUUAGGCUUGAGUCAUCAUGAUUAUGAUUAUGAUGAUGACGAUCAGGAUGAAAUGGAUUCCGAUGAAGAAUUUAUGUAUCCAAUGCAAAAUCCAAAUAUUGAUACAAAUCGUAUUGAUGAGAUUCCUGCAAAGGAACCAAAGUUUAAUGCGGUGCCAUUAAAGUCAGCUUUAAAAAAGAAAACCUCAAAUCCUGGAACUCCAACGACUCAGGAUACACAUAAAACACUCCAAGAGCGUCAGGCUAAUUCAUCAUUCAAGCCGAUACUUCGACCGCGGAUCAGAAUCUGUCCACGUCCGUUGCGAUUUGGAAUUGGUUUACCGUGUACAAUGGAGAAUAAAGAGAAUACAAGGCCAUAUAUGGUACAAAAUGGUACUGGGACCUUCAAUGAAAAUGAUGACGAUGAUAGUGAUUCAAAUGAUGGACCGAUUUUAUAUCGAGACGAUCCCGUUGGAACUGAUCGUGCUACAAAAAUAGCUAGAAAAGAAAGUUUAUCAUUGAAAUUAGCUUUGCGUCCUGAUCGACAGGAGUUAAUAAAUAGAAACAUUUUAAGAAUUCAAACAGAGAAUGAUCAACAGGAAACAAAAGAGGCGAUUGGAGCGCGAUUGAUUCGAAGGCUCUCAAUGCGGCCAACAGCGGAAGAAUUAGUAGAAAGAAAUAUCUUAAAAAUUCAAACUCCUGAGGAACAGAAGAAAUCCAAGGAAGAGAAAAAGAGCUAUUUAUUAAGAAAAUUAAGUUUUAGGCCAACAGUAGAAGAGCUAAAAGAAAAGAAAAUUAUUCGAUUCAAUGACUAUAUUGAAGUGACGCAAGCACAGGACUAUGAUAGACGAGCUGAUAAACCAUGGACACGAUUAACGCCAAAAGAUAAGGCGGCGAUUCGAAAAGAAUUAAAUGAAUUUAAAAGCUCAGAAAUGGCUGUACACGAAGGAAGUCGUCAUUUAACUAGAUUCCAUAGGCCAUGA